AUGGCUUCCCGCCGCUUGGCUUUCAACCUCAACCAGGCUCUCAAGAGCCGUGCGGCUCUGAAGUCCAUCCAGCCCGUGAAGCGUGGCUUUGCGUCGCCGGUUGCGCUGCCGUCCACUACCCAGUCCACUACCCUCUCCAACGGUUUCACCAUUGCCACCGAUUACUCGCCAUGGGCCCAGACCUCCACCGUUGGCGUGUGGAUUGAUGCCGGUAGCCGGUCAGAGACUGACAAGACCAACGGUACCGCGCACUUCCUCGAGCACCUUGCCUUCAAGGGCACCAACAAGCGCUCUCAGCACCAAUUGGAGCUGGAGAUUGAGAACAUGGGCGCCCACCUGAACGCCUACACCUCGCGCGAGAACACUGUCUACUAUGCCAAGUCCUUCAACGCCGACGUUCCUAAGGCCGUUGAUAUCCUGUCCGAUAUCCUCCAGAACUCCAAGCUCGAGGCCUCUGCCAUCGAGCGUGAGCGUGAUGUGAUUUUGCGCGAGCAGGAGGAGGUUGACAAGCAGCUUGAGGAAGUUGUCUUCGACCAUCUUCACGCCACCGCCUACCAGGGCCAGCCCCUCGGUCGCACCAUCCUCGGCCCCAAGGAGAACAUUCAGACCAUCUCCCGGGACAACCUGACCGACUACAUCAAGACCAACUACACUGCCGACCGCAUGGUUCUGGUUGGUGCUGGUGGUGUCCCCCAUGAGCAGCUUGUCCGUCUCGCUGAGGAGCACUUCGGUGGUCUCCCCAGCAAGCCCCCGACGUCCGCUGCUCUGGCUCUCACUGCUGAGCAGAAGCGCACCCCCGAGUUCAUUGGCUCUGAGGUCCGCCUUCGUGAUGACACUAUCCCCUCGGCUCACAUUGCUCUUGCCGUUGAGGGUGUUUCCUGGAAGGAUGACGACUACUUCACUGCCCUCGUCGCCCAGGCCAUCGUCGGCAACUGGGACCGUGCUAUGGGCCAGUCUCCCUUCCUCGGCAGCAAACUGAGCUCUCAAGUCAGCCACCACCACCUUGCCAACAGCUUCAUGAGCUUCUCCACCAGCUACAGCGACACUGGUCUCUGGGGUAUCUACCUUGUUUCCGAGAACCUGACCAACCUUGAUGACCUGAUCCACUUCACCCUGCGCGAGUGGACUCGCCUGUGCAACAGCGUUUCCGCUGCUGAGGUUGAGCGUGCUAAGGCUCAGCUCAAGGCUUCCAUCCUCCUGUCCCUCGACGGUACCACCGCCGUUGCCGAAGACAUUGGCCGUCAGAUCAUCACCACCGGCCGCCGCCUGGGCGCCGAGGAUAUUGAGCGUGCCGUCAGCCAGAUCACCGAGAAGGACGUUAUGGACUUUGCCACCCGCAAGAUCUGGGAUCAGGACGUUGCUAUGAGCGCUGUUGGCAGUGUCGAGGGUAUCCUCGACUACCAGCGCAUUCGCAAUGACAUGUCCCGCAACCUGUCCUAG